CCCGUUCCCUGCCUCCUUUUCUCCCUCCGGCUCAGGCCCGCGCUCUGCUGAUCCGUCCGCGGAAGCCCGCGAGCGUGCGAGCCGCUAGGGAACUCCGCGCCGUCAGAUCACCAGGUUCGCCUCUGUGUCCCGGCGCCACCGCGCCCUCUCUUCCGAGAUGGUAUAAAUUCUUGGGAAUUAUUCUUGGGAAGACUGACUCUUCUGAAGGCGACACAGCUACCAUAGAAUCCGUAUCAGCAGAGUGGCUGCGUACGUUCCUCCAGGCCGAGUGACCACCAAGACACCGUGAAGCCGUCCUCCUGGCCGAGGACAGGGGGAACAUGCUGAAACUAGUGGCCACAGAUGUCUUCAAUUCCAAAAACCUGGCCGUGCAGGCGCAGAAGAAGAUCCUGGGGAAAAUGGUGUCCAAAUCCAUCGCCACUACCCUCAUCGAUGACACGAGCAGUGAAGUGCUGGAUGAGCUCUACCGAGUGACCAAGGAGUACACCCAGAACAAGAAGGAGGCCGAGAAGAUCAUCAAAAACCUCAUCAAGACAGUCAUCAAGCUGGCCAUUCUUUACCGGAAUAACCAGUUCAACCAGGACGAGCUGGCGCUGAUGGAGAAGUUUAAGAAGAAGGUCCACCAGCUGGCCAUGACCGUGGUCAGCUUCCACCAGGUGGAGUACACCUUUGACCGGAACGUGUUGUCCCGGCUGCUGAAUGAGUGCAGAGAAAUGCUCCACCAGAUCAUCCAGCGUCACCUCACGGCCAAGUCGCACGGACGGGUGAAUAACGUCUUUGACCAUUUUUCAGAUUGUGAUUUUUUAGCUGCCUUAUAUAACCCCUUUGGGAAUUUUAAGCCCCACUUACAAAAACUCUGCGAUGGGGUCAACAAAAUGCUGGACGAGGAGAACAUCUGAUCAUGUGAAUGAAGACUGUGACCGCUCGUGAUUUCUUUGAAAGCGGAGCACUGCUGAUUUAUGAAGGAAAAAUGAAUUUUUUACCGAUGACCCAUGUUUCAGAAAGGCUUUUGCCCAGUUCAGGCGUCAGGCACUGUCAGUAACGUUUUAUGCAGCUUGUUUCAUUUGAAGAAAAGCAGAUUGCCAAAAAUUGCGGUGGAAACCUCCCUCCCUCACAACUACCAGAUUGUGGGGAAGGUGUCUGGUUGUGUGAUGCAGAUCUGAAUGGCUCCAAACCUCAGGAUGUGUUUUUUAGGUCAGAUGUGCCAGUUGCACGUUGGGUGUCUCUCACGUGUAUGGCCUAUGUACUUUGAAUCGCUGUUAUUCCUUACUAUGUGUAUGUACCUCUCUAAAAAGCCGAGCUUUCCCUUGCUGCCAAUGCUCCUUUUGAGAUAAUUUAGUGUGCAAGUCUUAUCUUUUGUUAAGUGUUCCUUUGUUAAAGACUUUGUCACUGACAUUGAAGAAUUAAGACUUCGUGGAGAAUUAAGACAGUCAAGAAUUGAGGCGGUUGGAUUGAACCCUCAGAAAAAGCAAGUGCUUCUCUGAAAUCAGUUGUCGGAACCAACUGUAUUUGACAUUGUGAGUCAUGUCUUUGGGGCUGGAAUCCUGUUUUUUCGCACCCGUGGUGAUCCUUCGAAAGCGUGGUCAUUUGUGAAUGUCUGCUGGAGAAAUCUCCAUUUUUAGUAUCCGUUUCAGGUGUAAGAGAUACAAAGAAAAACCUAGUUGGUUCUUGUAAAAGUCAGAGAUAGGAAGAAAAGUACAACAAUCUUUAUUUUAGAGAUGAGCCCAUCAAAAUAAUUUAGGGGGGUUAAAGGGCCAAAAAGAAAGAAAGCCUGUUGCUGUGGACCAGGAGAAUGAAAAUAAAUGCAUUUCAAUGUCGAAUAAGGUUUGAUAGGUAAAUAAAGAAUGUGGCAUUUUUUAUUUAACUGAUAAGGUUUUUGCUAUUUUGUUAUUUGUAAUUUUGAUGAGUAAACCAAAGAACAUUUGCAUUCUGA